AAUCGUUGUGCUGCAUGUACUUAUUUGGUGGAUAGUCGAUUAUAUUUGUAUGUGUACUUUUUCUCUUUGGGAUGCUAAUCAUGCUAAUUGCUAUGUUUGAUUCUGCUUCUACCACAUACAUGUUAUGUUCUGGACUUCUGGUUAUAUCGUCGUCUUGGUCACCGGUUUACCAGGCUCUCCGAGAUUUAUUUGUUAGGUGGUAGUGGCCGGAAAAAUGGAAUGAUAUAUUGGUUUCUUUUACAGCACUGAUCGGACGUUUGAAUCAACAAGCUAGCUUGUCAUGGUUUUGAUUAUAUCUACGCUUCUAUGUUGUAUGCAUGAUUCAGUAAAUUAAUGUUUCUUGGUUGUGACUUGUGAUGUCAAUGGUUAAUUUCCAAAAGUAUCGAUCGAUUGUUUCACUGUUUUGGGAAAAUUCUUGUCUGUUGGCGUUUGAUCGAACUGUGGUGGAAAAUAAUUCUAUGUGGGAGUUUUCAAAUGAUUGUUUAGACAUGUUAAUUUCCAUGUUCCCAAUUAUUGGGAUUGUAGGCAAAGUAUUGAAUUAGUUGUGAUAGUAACUAAAAUAUCCAUCGAUUUAUGUGUUUUUGUGGCAUUUUUCAGCUUCCUUUGUACGUGUACGUCAAGAGAUCUUUCAAGCAAAGCACAUAUAUGGUUGAAUUAGACGUUGUGAUCACAACUGCUUUUGAUCCAUUUGCGGAAGCGAGAGACGCAGAUGCACCGGGGGCCAAGGAGUAUGUGCAUAUCCGCGUGCAGCAAAGGAAUGGGAAGAAGUGCCUGACGACAGUUCAGGGGCUGAAGAAAGACUUCAGCUACGAGAAGAUACUCAAGGACCUCAAGAAAGAGUUCUGCUGCAACGGCAAUGUGGUUCAGGACAAAGAGCUCGGCAAGAUAAUCCAGCUCCAAGGCGAUCAGCGCAAGAACGUCCUCCAGUUUCUUAUUCAGGCAAGGAUUGUUAAGAAGGAGCAGAUCAAGAUUCAUGGUUUUUGAUCCGUCGAUUGAUACAUGAAUCAACUUCAUUGGGGCUCAAUCAGCUAGUUAGCUACUAUUUAUGUGUGCGUGGUGCUCCUAGUCCUUGAUUUGUGAUACUGUGAUGUAUGUAAUAUUGGUAUGAAUAACUGGAUGGUUCGUCUAUAAUACGUGUGCAACUUAUGAUAGACUUCUCUCCUGGUUAUAGCAUUUGUAUUAAACAUGUAUUUGGAAUAUCACCGAAUUUCAUUAAUGAUGUGCCUAAAGCAUGAUUUUGAUGAC